CUCUGCUCUGCCCGCACUCGACGAACUGCACUCGAUCCGGCAGUUAUAGACAAUCCGAUCCGAUCCGAUCCGAUCGGUAGUGAAAACACAGACGCUACGUUAUUUGUCCGUUACGUUCGGCUACUGUGGAUUGUCCACGCAAUUCGAGUAAUAAACAAAAAAGUAACUCCGAUUUAAAUUCGAUUUGAGUGACAUUUGAAACCGUUGGAGCAAUCACGAGCGUGUGUCCCCCUUUUUUUUGUUUUUUUGUUUUUAAUUUUUGUUGUUGUGAUAAUGUCGAGUGCUAAACUGAGGCAACCUGUAACCCUUUUAUUCUCUACCUGAUCUCGCAAGUCAAAAGUAUUAGUCAUGAAAGCCGGGGCAGCUUUUGAAUCACCGACGGCAGUAACAAUAACAAUAACCACAGCAGCAGCAGCAGCUUCAGUGGCGUCUCCCAGCAACAACAAUAACACAACGAUUAAUGAAUAACCCCAACGAAUGCCGAAUGCCGUAAACUGUUUACAUUGCUCACAGCAUUACUCACUCACCUCACUCAACCUGUGCGAAAAGGAGGGAGGAGGCAGAACGAGAGGAAGAGGAGUUGAAGUGAAUUGGAUUUGAGAGUGGAGAUUGGAGACUGAAUAUUGGAGAUUGGAGUACGAGAGGGGAGCUUGGCAGCGCAGAUCCCAGCUGCACUAGUUUCGAUUACGUGAGCAGAAAGCAAAUAGCCAAACCCACUCUCCACUCCCUACCACUACUACUCACAUCCACUCCUGACCACUGAUAACGGACACACACAGCGAGGCGGAAAACGAGAGAGAGAGAGAGCAAGGAGAGUGCCAGGCCGAUCGCUAGAAUCGCCAGCAGAGGAUUACCAAAUAACAAAACAAAAUUCAACCAGAAGUAUGAGUGACGAGACAACUAUUAGCCUAGAUGGCUAUCCCCCUCUGGAGGCGUUGACGACUAUGUCUCCCCCAGAAGACCCGAGCGGAUUUUCGCAGUCGCUAUUGACCUUUGCCGCGGUCAUGACCUUUCUCAUAAUGGUUGUUGGCAUUUGCGGCAACCUAUUGACCGUAGUUGCCUUGCUAAAAUGUCCCAAGGUGCGCAAUGUGGCCGCCGCCUUUAUCAUCAGCCUUUGUAUUGCCGAUCUGCUUUUCUGCGCCCUGGUUCUGCCUUUUCAGGGUCUGCGUUUCGUUCAAGGAACCUGGCGACAUGGCCAAGUCCUCUGUCGCCUGAUUCCCUUCAUCCAGUACGGAAAUAUAGGGGUGUCCUUGCUGUGCAUUGCCAUGAUCACGAUCAAUCGGUAUGUGAUGAUCACCCACCAUGGGUUGUAUGCUAGGAUCUAUAAGCGGCACUGGAUUGCCAUAAUGAUCGCCGCCUGCUGGCUGUUCUCCUACGGAAUGCAGCUGCCUACGCUUCUUGGAGAAUGGGGUCGCUUUGGCUACGAUUCUCGUCUGCAGACCUGCUCCAUUAUGACAGAUGAGCAUGGGCACAGCAGCAAGACCACGUUGUUUAUCACAGCCUUCGUCAUCCCCUGCCUGGUUAUCAUUGCCUGCUAUGCCAAGAUCUUCUGGGUGGUUCACAAGUCAGAGCAGCGCCUGAAGCGUCAUGCCACCAAGCAGAAUUCGAUUCCCAAUAAUCUUCGUCCGUUAGCCAGCACGGGAUCCGGAGCUCUGCCCUCGGGCGCAGAAUGCCAGCCAAGCAACCGUGUCUCCUCGGACAGCAGCAGCAGCUUCUCUGUUGAUGUGCCGGAGACAGCGCCCAGUGGCAAACAGCAGCCAACCAGGGUCAAGGAUCAACGCGAAGUCCGGGCCAAGCGAAAUGAAUGGCGCAUCACCAAGAUGGUGUUGGCCAUUUUCCUAUCCUUCGUUGUCUGUUACCUACCCAUCACCAUUGUCAAAGUGGCAGACAAGAAUGUGGAGCAUCCUAGCCUGCACAUAUGCAGCUACAUCCUGCUCUACCUGUCGGCCUGCAUAAAUCCGAUCAUCUAUGUCAUUAUGAACAAGCAGUAUCGCAAGGCCUAUAAGACGGUGGUCUUCUGCCAGCCCGCUCGUCUUUUGCUGCCCUUCGGUAAGACCAAUGGCGCUAGCAGCGCUGCAGAGAAAUGGAAAGAUACCGGGUUGAGCAACAACCACAGCCGCACAAUCGUCUCCCAGAUGUCGGGGGGAACGGGCACGGGCACGGGAACGGGGACAGGAACGGUACCGGGAACGGGAACGGUGAUACAGAGCCCAUCGGAAAGCCAGCAAUCCCAAGCUCUGGAGAUGCUCUCUCGGGGACCGGAUCUAAUCAGCAAGUCGAACCUACCGCUGCCAACCGUUACGCCUCCACCCCCAUCAGUUCUCACGGCGACACCCAACGGAAGCAACAGCAGCAGCCUCAACCUGCGACUGCCGCUCAAGAAGAACAAUCACUCCUACACCAACAGCGGCUUCAACAGCAGCAGCCCCAACCCCAGCAGCGGCCUGGGGAUCGGGAUCAGCAGCAGCUCCAUAUACCGGCCCGGAGUUGGCUUGCUGGGGAGCGGAUCGGCCUCGAUUCGGCGCAUAACAAUGGUGGGCGACGACAUAAUACUGGAGGAGGAGGAACUUCCGCCAACGCCGCCGCCGACCUCGGCGCCCACAACGCCGGCUCCUCCCCCGCCUUCACUCCAAACCCAUCCGCUCUCUAUAGCCGCAACCUCAGCAGGAGCAGUGGCAGCGGCGAGCUGUCCACCAAAGCCGACCCCAACGACUCCGCACAUCUACAUGAAUGUCGACAGCCCGAAGAGAAACCAAUCCUACGCGGAGCGUAAUACAAGCGCGGCACCAUCGGAAAGUAACUCCGAUUCGGCGAACACAUCCGCAACCGUUUCCACUUCCGGCUCCAAGCUGACGGCCAAGAUGAAAUUCCCAAAAGACUAACGAAAUGCUUUAAUUCCAAAAAACAAAAACCACGUAGUCCUCGUGCUACUUUUGUUAUUAAACAAAUAUGCCUGGCAUUGUAGAUCGGUAUAUCGUAAAUGGGUGGCAAAUAUCGUAAAUUCUUAAACUUCACCCGGAAUGCUGAGAUUCUAGAUGGUGUUGUAGUUCAAUAUCGCAUUCAACACUACGAUAAUCAGUUUUUUCUAUAGAUAUUGUAAUUUAAUACCUAGUUGUUGCCAAUAUAUAUGUAUUGGAAAUUGUGCCAUAGAUAAUUAUUUAGACUUUGCUGUAUUUCUAACUUCAAACGUUAUUGUAUGUCAAACAAAGGCAAAGAAAGAUACCAAAUUAGAAACUAUAACCAGUAAUACUGUAGACCUUGACUUUCCAAUGUAUACACAAUUUAGUUUAUUUGAUUAUAGACUCACUUUCGUGGAUCGAACUUCAAUAAGUCCAAGAAAUCUAGAAGUACACAAAUAAUUCUUCGAAGUAAACAAAUUAUUAAUCCACCCGUUUAUAUCACUUUACCCCAAGAUGGUACUCGCAAAAACACCCUUUCGAAGCCCGAUUACACUACGUAGCAUUAGUUUUAGAUUGUAGAUAUUUAUGGUCGCUCACGCUUAGUAUUAACCCUUUUUUUAACUACUUCAUAUGCUGAAUAUAUAAGUACGUACGUUUAUACUUCUACUUAACACCGAAAUCUUUCCUUAAAUCUGUUUCCCCUAUUUUUUACAUAAACAUUCCAUUUAACCGUAGGCCUUUGUAAAUGAACCUAUUGUUAAUCCACCGCGAGCACUCCAUUCGAAAGACGAUAGAAGCAAAUCGAAUAUGAAUAUAAACAUAAAUGUUUAAAUAAAUAAACAACACUUGUAAUUUAUCACCGA